AAUUUCAGUACACUUAAAUUACGCAACACUUUUUCCUAUUAAAAUUUCACCUUUGUCAUGCAACUAACACAAGCCCCUAUUCUAUCAAAAACACCUACAUAAGCCCCUAAAGAUCUUUUGAGUCAUUCUUCAUGGGUCCAAUCUCACUGUUGAAUCCAGAUUGUUUGUUAUUGUCUUAUGGCCGAUGAUGGCGGGGAUCCAGAUUCAAACUUUUCCAGGAAAAUUGCAUUUUCCAUCAUUGUUUCUCCCUUUAUUGCGCUCUCAUGGCCUUUGGCUUGCUGGAACCUAGUAAGAAAAAGCAAAGCACAUUGCAAUCGAAUUCAUUUUCAACAUCAUUCAUGUUACCUUCACCCAAUCACCGCUAUCAGGAGAACCACCCAUGUUCCCUCUUUUCAAAUUCAAUGGCACAUGUUUUAUCCAACCAAAAAAAUAUCAAAUUCAUCUGGUGAUGCGCUUGCUCCUUCUUGACCACAAACUGCAAGGAAGAAACUAGGGAUUACAACAAAUAAAAGCAAGGAAGAAGAGGUAUUAAUAAAAGGAGGACGUAAUGGGCAUGUUUGCGUCACCUUAGUAGUGAUUUGCAUGUUGCCUUUCUUUGCAGUUUGCUCCGCAGAACAAAAUAAACAAAUUGAUAACAAAUAUUGGCAUUGACCUUUAAUAAAAUAAUAACAAAAUUUUGAUGAGAUGUCAGAACUGAGUUUUGAAAGUUGCUUCUUAUGUUAAUGAGAAUAAUCAGUGGCAAAACCUCAACAUGUGAAAGAAGGCGAGUGCUUGAAUCUGAAAAACUAUAAAAUUCAUACACAGCAGCACUUCUGAAGGUGAUGCAUAAUUUAAUAAUUCAGAUUGCAGAUAGAAAAUCUGAACAUAGGAUUAGAAUAGAUUGUAAGCAUAAAUGACAUUUUUAAGUAGUUUAGAUUAGACAUAUUUGGCAGAGUAACAAUCUUCCAUUCAUGACACUAAUUUACAAACUCGUGCAAUUGACUCUUAGGUGAAGAUUAUACACUGAAAUCCAGCCGGAAAGAAAAAUCUCUAUUGGAGAGAAUUAUAAAAUAAAGUUAAGACUAUGGAUAUACCAAUAAUAACAGGAAAAGCUGUGACCAAGUAUAGUGCUUCAUAACCCUGCAAAAGAAUUUGCUCUGUUUGUCAGGAUCUUAUUAUUUAGCUAAUGCUGAACCUGAAGUUCAAAAUUUUAAACUCUGAAUUAUUCAAGAAAUGCACUUGACUCGACAGUUUUAUUGUGAAGAAAUCCAAUAAACAGAUAAAACUAUCAAUGCAUUUUUUCAAAUUAUUAUGCAAUUAGUAGUAACUUUUGACUUCCAUAUUUUUUAAAAUUUGACAUUAUAAGAGCAGCUACUUAAACUGAUGGUGUGUUAAUGAUACCAUGUACACUGCCAAAAGGCAGCCACAUUUCAACUAUCCAGAACAGGUCCAAUGCAUAAACCAUAUGACGAGUG